UCCAAACGUCUGUACUGACAAGGAAGAGGAUGAAAAAGUUGUCGAUCCAAAAGCUGACGUGAAUGGAACAGAGGAACUUGCACCUGGAGUUUCGGAAAGCAUUGAUGUGAGACCACAAAACUUCGCACAAUUCCAAUUCAGCCUUAACUCAUGCGUUGAGAGAUCAAAUAAAUAUGUCUGCACGCGUGUCAUUAACCAGAAUGGCAAGAAGAAGACAAUCACAAUAACACGUCAGUGUUGUCAUGGUUAUGGACGUCCACGUAAUGCUGACUUCGCAACUCCAUGUGAGAAAAUGGAAAUUAAAAACAUCGAUGCAACUGCAGCCGACAUGGGCGCCAAAGAGUUCGUGGCAACUGCGAAGAACGCUGGCAUCGGUGAAGUUUUAGCAAACAAAAACGUGACCAUCUUCAUGCCAGUGGAUGCUGCCUUCAACAACUACAUCGAUCAGCUGCAAAGCGAAAAUAAUGCUGUUGAGCCUAAGGGUGAUGGCGCAAUGAUGAACUUAUACAAGCGACACAUUGUUGAUGGUGAAAUCAGUUUGUAUGACCUCAAAAACGAUCAGCUGCUAAAAACUCAACAGCCCGAACAGUCCAUACGCAUAAAUGCCUUCGAAGUGCCACUUGCUUUGGGUGGUGAACCCUACCGUUUCACAGCCAAUUGCAUUCCAAUAGAGAAACAUGAUAAACUCUCCGAGCAGGGCUUGAUUCACACUGUGGACGGUGUAAUGAAGCCAGUGACAAAGAACGUUAUGGACUUGAUACGCGAACGCGCUGAUAUGUCCAUUAUGCGCACUGUACUAGAGAACACCAAGCUUAACAAACUGCUUGAGGGUGAGAAACCAGUCACCGUUUUUGUGCCAACGGAUGAUGCAUUCGAUAAGGUAGACCCACAUCUGCGACGAGCGCUCAAAGAGGGCAAGGGCUGUGGUGCAAAUAUUCUUAAGAAUCACAUUCUCGAUUUGACCUUCUGUUCCGUUGCUUCCAUACCCGGUGCCAAGACAACCGCCUACAACUUGCUUGGUGAAGCGAUGCGUUUCAAUCGCAGCCAAUCGGCCGCUGGCAAGUCGGAGGUUGCUGACUUAGUUGGUGAACAGCCGGUAGUCAUCAAUGGCAUUGCGAAAAUCACUGAAGCAGACAUAAUGGGCACCAAUGGCGUGUUACAUGUGAUUGAUACCAUUCUACCAACCGAAUCGGCAUUACCGCUAUCGACGCUGAUGCAAGAGAAAAAUGUUACAAUCUUUAAGCGUUUACUUGAAGCCGCUGGUUUGGAUAAUAAAUAUGAUGACAUGGAUAAUGUGACUGUAUUUGCGCCAACCGACAAAGCUUUACAAGGCACUAAAUGGCCUCAACUUUUGGAAGAGUCACCGGAGAAACUGAGCAAUAAUGCAGAAUUAAUUGAAUUCCUUAACUAUCAUGUGGUGCAGCCGAUGACCAAGACUUGUGACUUAGUCGAUUCUACACUGCCAACAGUUGCUGGUCCCGAAGUACGCAUCAAUCUCUAUUCCACACAUGCGCUCUUCUCUAAUGUCAUGAAUCGUGCUACCGUCAAUUGUGCUCGUUUGGUUCAUUUCGACGAUGAAAGCUGUGGCUCAGUGUUGCAUCAAGUGGACAAACCACUUGUGGCACCAAAAAUGAAUCUAUUGCAACUCUUGGAAUCCAACCCCAUGUAUAGCAAAUUCCUCGAACUGGUACGUGCCGCUAAUCUAACCACAAUUUUAUCAAAUGCCGACGACAGCUACACACUACUUGUGCCAAAGAAUGAUGUAUUUGAAGAAGUCGCAGACUGGGAAACCACAUUAACCAAAGAUAAAUCCGAAUUGGAGAACCUGAUCAAGACACAUAUUGUCAACGAUGUUGUCUGCUGCGCUGGUAUCAUACCGACAAACUGGCCAUUUGUGCGCUCGAUCGAAGCAUUGAAUGGUGCACAUUUGCGCAUUACACGUGACCGCCGUCCGAAGAUCGAAAAUGCUGGUGUGACCAAGUGUGAUGCGAUCGCUACAAAUGGUAUUGUUCACGAGAUCAACGAUAUUUUAAUUCCACAAAGACGUCAGCACCGUCCACAACAACCAUCAUAUCAACCUCACUUGGACACAUUCGGUGAUUUGUUCUUUUAGACACAGACUUAGCAAUAACAAUAUGAGAGUUAUUCUCCUAGAAAAGCUUUAAGCAGUUAUUGCUUACCAAGCUGAAAUUUGCGAUAUUUUUCCUCUAUAUAUUUAUUACCACAAUAAAAAAUUUAAUUAUUUUUUAUUUUGAUUUAUACAUUCGAAUAUACAAUACUAUAUAAUGCAUACAUACACGUACAUAUAUAAUACACCCUUUUUUAAAUAAAUUAUAUUGUUUUUAAAUUUAUUAAACCGAUUUGUGAACGUUUGUAUUCGCGAACAUAAUUAAAUAAAAAAAAGAACUUACGAAAAAA